ACCAGUAACCCUUAAACCCAGGAAGAAGAUGGUGAUCCGCGCUCACAUCAAGCACAAUUAGCAGCUUAUUUAUUAGUUUAAAUCGUUUGUUCUCUUUACCUUAAGGAAAAGAUGCCAAAUGGACCCCUGCUUUGCCUUUUUUUGAUCCACCAGAAGGAAUGAUGGUUCCUAAAUGCGACGAUUAUCUGCAUAAACGUGAACAUUGGAAACAAUGCGCGACUCCAGCUUGAGCAGCACUGGAUAAACUGGGAUUCAACAAAGGAGUCUGUUUCACAGAAUUAUAUUAAGUCCUCAAAGAUGUCCAAAGUUGAGCGUCUCAAUGUCCGAGUGGAAAAACUGCUGUGUAAAGCGGUGCAGGAGGUUCUGGAGGCUGUGAGAGAAACCGUGUCAGAGUACCAGGAGAAGACUGCCAGAACCCAGAGAGAGAACCAGAGUCUGCGCAGGAGGCUGCAGGAACUCCAAGACAAGAUAAACCUGGAGAGCAAUGGAAUGGUGCCACAAACUUCCCCUGAAUCCAAGCAGGCCGAGGUGGAACCGAAAGAAGAGUUGAGAGACGAUAUAGAGGUCAUCCCUUCUGACAAGGUGGCUUCAGUGAUUUACCCCUCAGAUGAACGUAAAGACGAUGAUGCACCCAUCACAUCCUUAGGUUCUCCCUGUCUCUCCCCUAAAGGUCCAACAGAACCUCAUGACAACUUUGACAGCACUAGAAAUCUUAAAACAGAGACCGAUAAAGGACAAUCAACACCAGUUUUAGACCAUGUAGAACCCAUUAUUGCACUUCCGAUCCCGGAAAAUGAUCAGAAAAUGAAAGUGGAGCCUGCAUCAGAAGAAGGUGGGUUGCGUGUUGUUAAUUAUUUUUACAAUGAAGCAUCAACAAGCAUGACAUCUUUAAACCUAGAACCUCCACAAGCCACUUUUGGACUCUACAGCGAGUCGGGAGUGGCCUUCAGUGUGGAUCAAAAUGGCAGCGAUGGUGGAGCACACAAACAGAAUAAUGCGCAAACAAGCACACAGGUGGGAUUCUCUGCCUCGACGGCAUUUCAGAGAAGCGUCAGGAAACACUACUGCUGCUCGCUGUGUGGUCGCACCUUCAGGCACGCAGGCGACUACAAGAAACACAGCAGGGUGCAUACGGGGGAGAAACCGUACUGCUGCUCGGUGUGCGGGAAGCGUUUCAGCCAGUCGGGCUACCUGACGGUGCACCUGCGCUACCACACCGGAGAGAAACCGUUCGGCUGCAGUCACUGUGGGAAAAGUUUUAGUCACUCGAGCAACAUGAAGAAACACCAGCAAACCCAUCUGUGAAGCUGCUGUUAUUGAGCUUUAGGGGUGAACACUGCAAACAAACAGAAAGCGGACUACAAGUUCAAAUUCAAUGUGAAAUUGUCCUCCUGGAGUUUAUUUUUGGAAUUCAUUGAGUUUAAAUACAUGAAAAAGUAGCUGUGCCUUCUUUUGUCUGUAUUGUAAAGCAUCUGUCAUAUUCCUGUUGUUUCUGCCUUACUGAUAUUUGUCAGAUUUUAAUGUGGUACUUACAGGAUUCACCUUGUACAAAGUUUGAAUCUCUCACCCGUAAAAUCUCAGCAUAGCUUUGAGUAAACUUGUAUGUGAGAGAUGGUGUAUUGAGAAGUGCUGAGUUUGUCCUGCUGCUAUUUGAAAGUUGAUAAGUCUCUGGACAACGGUGCAUUAUUGUAUUGAAUAUGUCUGGUCCUUUUAAUAAGCAUCUGUGGUGCUUUUGGAGAGGCAUCAGACAGCAGUUGUCGUGGUUGGUGUCAGAAAACCAGCAGGUGGUAGUUUGUAGGUGGUUUAUUGACAAAUACGAUAAGAGAAGCUUACAGGCUGGAUGGCAGGUGAGCAGGAAAACAUGAGCAGAGAGCAAAGCAGAGGUCAUGGUGAAGCAAGCAAGGAGAAAAAAAGCACAGUAAGAGGAAGACAAGUCCACUAAACAAACGAAUAAAGAGGGGAAAUGGAGAACCGGCUCCUCUUCUUCUUUAUCAGACAUCCUCGAUCCAUGUCGUCACAUCUUAGUUCCUCCCAUCUGAGAUCUGAGGCCAGAAAGAGACACAAGGAGAGAAGAGUUGAUACAGCAGGCAUCAGUUUAAUAUGAUACAACUGCAUCAUCUGCCUUUUUAUGUAUUGUAUUUUAUGAUCUCUGUGAGAUGAUCAAAGCGAUGUUCAUGACAGUUUUUAUAUAUGACUUUCAAUAAAUGUACUUUAUAAUGUGGAAUAAAGGGACAAACAAUUUAA